CAAACCCUGAUCCAACUCUUCUCUUUCUCCUUCGAAAAAUGGCGAAGCAGGGCAGCUCCGAUUCAUCCAGCGAUGACGCCGUCUUCGCCGCCCCUCGGGCGGCGACGGCAGCGAAAAGGUCGUACGAGUGCAGCUUCUGCAAGAGAGGGUUCACCAACGCGCAGGCGCUGGGCGGCCACAUGAACAUCCACCGCCGCGACCGCGCCACCAAGUCGUCCAAAUUACCCUCCGCCUCCGCCGCCAUGAUCAUCCACCACCACGACCCGAUACCUGCCUUCUCCACUGGUAACUACUACUUUCCCUCCCCUUGGGAGGCUCAUCAGCAGCAGCAGCAGCGCCACGUGUUCUUCCAGCAGCCGCCCGGGCGAGGGCCGUACGGGAACAACAUCAUCCGUAGCAAUUACAACAUCGGACCGCGGUCGUCGUCGUCGUCGUCCCACGUGGAGGCGGCGCUAGGUUAUAAUAACCUGGUGGUCCCGCCCGCGCCGCCCAGGUUCGGGUCGGCCGAGGAAGUGCUGUGGGGUGCGAACCUGAGCCUGCAGGUCGGAUCCGGCCAGAACCAGCAGGAGCGGGACGACGGCGAAGAGGAAGAAGAAGAAGCAUUGGGCAAGAGGCCGAUUUGGAACGGUAGCAUCAGUAGCGGUAGUGAUGAUGAGCAGCUUGAUUUGGAGCUGCGGCUCGGCCAUUAAUUACUGCUUCUUUCUUUCUUUCUUUCUUUCUUUGUAGAUAAUAGCUAGCUAGUGCUUUUUUUUUUUUUUUUUGUUCGUCUCUCUUUCGUAUGAUUCCACGGGCACCACAGUGAAAGCGGAAAAGAAAUAAGGAGGACGACGAUGGUUCACAUUGCAGCUGGCUUUUUGGAUCCACAAGCUAUAGUUACGCCGAUGACCGACGAAUGUGUUAAGGAAAUUGAACUUAAUUUGGGUUUUACUUUUAUUGAUGGUUAAUGUAGAUAGAUAUACGUGAUGAUUUUGUUUUGGUUGUUGAUCAAUGUCUAAUAUAAUCUGCAUUAUACU